AUGACCCCUCCCUCUGGCUCAGGUUCGCCUGGGUUCGAGAUGCGCAUCCGCUUCGUCAACCACGCGCACAACGGCUGGGACAGCGCGGUCUCCCUCCACCCGCGCAUCGACCAGCUCCGGUACAAGUACGCCCCCAUGGGGGAGAAGCUGGGCAACGUCGACGGCGCCCGCCAGGCAAUUGGGCGGUGGAUGGAGUGGCAGCCCGACGCAGAUUCGAGCGGCGGUAUGGUGGGGAAGAACGUUCUUGGCGGAUGCAACGUUGCUGGAACUUCCCAAACUCAAGACAUUACUCAAGAAGGUGAACUGGGAAAAAUGGAUACUCAUGUUGGAGAUGUGGAGACCCCAGUGGAAGGUAUGGCGCUUCAGGCUGAUGAUGGUGGUCUGGAGAAUUCUAAAUCUUCAGAAAGUUCAGAUAGACAGCACCAAGAUAAAAUUUUGGAAAAAUGUAUGGAAAGUUGCGAGAAAGAUGAGACAGAGAAGCACAAGGAUGGAUCUGAUAUUGAAGGCCCACAGAAUAAGGACAAAAUUCAUGAACUACAGCAAAGAAUUGACAGCGAUGUCGAACCUGGAAAAACUCAAGAAGAUGAAGCAGGAGAUUCAAUGGCUUCCAUAGAAUCACCUCUGUCGCUAAAGGCAGAGAAAACCACUAAUGAAGAGAUACUGCAAGGUGAACAGGAUGGGAAGACCUUGAACUUAGAAGAUGUGCCAGUUGAGUGUCAGAAUCAACAGGAUGCUAAGAGGAUCAUUGAUGAUCUCAGAAAUAAAAUUGAACAACUAAAAGCUGCAAAUUCCAAACUGCAAAAUGACAUUGAUGAGCGUUCUAUAACACUCAGAAAUACAAAUCUGGAGGUGGACAGUUGCAAUGAGGCAUUGAAAUCUAAAGAAGGGGCAGAUAAAUAUACAAGUCCUGCAUAUGCCUUGCAAACUUUAUCAGCUCAGAAUGUGCUACAUGACACAGAAGAAACUGAAAGCCUAAUUAGUCAACCAGUGAACCCACUCCCUGAGCAGCAGGAUCAAAGCCAGUUGGAAGCACAGAAGUCAGAACUUGAGAGAGAAUUUAAAGAAUUGCUAGAACAAAGUCAUCAAAGUCAGAAAGAAAUAGAUAACUUACGGGAUUGUCACAGUGAGUUAAUUGAAAUGAUUGAAACUGCAAAAACUGCACGCAAGGUGAAGCAAGAGGGGAUCAAGAGGGACAUUAGUGACUGCAAGGAAGAAUGUGGAGUUAUUGAAAGAUGUAUCAGGACAUGGUCGCAUAGGAUGCAAAUCUUGGAAGAAGAGUGCAGGCAAAUGAAAGAAACAGCAGAACCCAUGAUAUAUUCUAUGAAUGAUGCGGUUCUCCGACUGCAAAAUGAAGUUAUGGAACGGUUCGGGAAUAUCCAGAUGCGGUUAUCUGACUUCAGAAACAAGCUUCAGAUAGAGAAGGCAGAGUUGGCACUGCAUCAUGAGAAUCAAGGACUGGAAAUUGAGAACACUAAGAUCGGGAAGGAACUUCAGACUAUGCGUCUGCUUAUCAAUGAAAGCAAAGAAUUAAGAGCUGAGCUAUAUGAUGAGGAAAGAGUCAAUAGAAUGCUGGCCAUUUUAUGCUCCAGGAAUGAUGAUUCUGAAGUCCAGGAAGGGGGAGUUGGUGAUUUAGUGGCUUCUGGUGACAUAUAUCAGUCAGACGAGGCAGAGAAAACCACAGACAAAGAGACACUGCAGACUCUGCAGGAUGAGAAUGGUUUGAACUUGGAAGAUGUCACAAUUACUAGUGAGAAGCAACAGGGUUCUAGAAAGAUCAUGGAUGUUCUUACAAGUGAAAUAGAACGGCUUAAAGCUGAAAAUACGAGACUGCAGAUUGGCAUUGAUAAUAUGAAUAACAUGCUAACAGAUACCAAUCUGGAGGUGGACAAUUUGAACAAGGCACUGAAAGCUGUGGAAGGGGUGGGUGAAUUCAUAAGGCCUGUGGGUGCCUUGCAAUCUUUGUCAGCUCAGGAUGGGCUGCAUGAAACAGAAGAAGCUGAAACCUUAAUCAGUCAACCAGAAGCAAGUCUGUCCCAGGAGCAGCGAGAUCAAAGCCAGUUGGGAGCACAGAAUUCAGAUCUUGAGAAGGAGAUUCAAGAAAUGCAAAAGCAGAGUAGUCUUAAUGAGAAAGAAAUAGAUAAAUUGCGGGUCUAUGGCAAUGCUUUAAUUGAAAUGAUCGCAACUGCUAAAACUGCACAGGGAAAAAGAAUUGAAGAGACUUUGAGGGACAUAGAAAACUGUAAGAAAGAAUGCGAAGUGCACAAACAAUAUAUUCAGAGAUGUUCAGAUAGGGCGGCAACCUUGGAAGAAGAGUGGAGGCAAAUGAAAGAAAUAACGAUGCCCACAAUACAUUCGCUGCGCGACACACUUCUCAGCCUGAAAUUAGAAGUUGAGGAACAGUUUAGGAAUAUGCAGAUGCGCUUAUCUACCUGCAGAGAAGAGCUUCAAGAACAAAAGGCGAAGUUGAUCACAGUGCAUCAUGAGAAUCAAGAACGCACAACUAUGAACCGUAAGAUGAAGAGGGAACUUCAGAGCAUGGGUACAGAGUUUUUAGCGAUGCUGGAGGAGAUGGAGAAAUCAGGACACGGACAACAUGAUGCGGAAAUGGUGAAGAAAAUGGAAGAUGUGGCCACGUCUGAGAAGAUGCUGGAGGAACUGAAGAUGAGAAAUAAGGAUCUGAAAAAAGAUCUGUCCGCUCAGAAGACAGCAAAGAAAGACGCUCUGGGGCUUUUGUCGCUGCAGCUUGAACAACUUGCUGAAGAAUGCUGGAGGCUCUGCGAAGCAUCUUUAGUACAAGUAUCCAGUUUGGUUAUCACCUUCUCUUCAAGAAUGUCUCUGGCAGAAUUUGUGAAUGAUCAGUCACUGCAAUAG